UGAAGGGUGGAAGGCAACUUUAGUUGGUUGUUCGGAGCAGGCUAAGGUUUUUUUUUUUUUGUCAUUUUAGAGUGCCUUGACUGAUCUCUGACAUCAUGGCAGCCAAAUGCUCUGGAGAAGAGGACCCCACACUCUGCCCCGCCUGCGACGACCUUGUGUCCGAACUGAGAGCCCUCAGCUGCGGUCACAGCCUCUGCGAGGUCUGCCUGACGCGGUACCACGAGCAGAAGGACGCUCUGGACUGCCCCUUCUGCUGGUCCAAGUACACCGGGGAGCCCCGUCCGAACCUGGCAAUGAAAGAAAAGACGCCCGAAUGGCAGAAACUGCAGCUCCAGCUGCUUUGCAACCGUCACCUCACGCAGUUCAACCGGUACUGCGCGGAUGACGAACAGCUGGUGUGCGGCUCGUGUCUGAUGGAUCCGGAACACUCUGGACAUGACUUCUGGGCAAUCGGAAAAGCUGCGUCAAAGCGCAAGUCAAUACUCAGAGCUGCUCUGAAGACCUUGUGGACAAAACUGAAGGGACAUAAAGAAGCCCGUGCCCUCUUUGAGGAGACAGCCCAGCACAUUAAGAUCCAGGCCCAGCAGACAGAGAGACAGAUAAAAGAGGAGUUCGAGAAACUUCGUCGGUUUCUGCAGGAGGAAGAGGAGGCCAGGCUGGCCGCACUUAGGAGAGAAAAGGAGCAGAAGAGUCAGAUGAUGAAGAAGAGGAUCGAGACGAUUAUGACUGAGAUGUCUUCCGUGUUGGAGACAAUCAGAAUCAUAAAGGAUCAGCUAGAAUAUGACAAUGUCAUGUUUCUGCAUAACUACAAGACCACGGUUAAAAGAACCUGGAGCUCACUUCAGGAUGCACACCAUCCUUCUGGAGUGUUCUCCAGCUUGGUUACCCAGUUAACCCAUCUGGUGGGAUCAACCUUUUCCAAACCAGGCCAGAUCCAUGCUGAUACGGUGAGACGAAUCUCCAGCACACCCCAGGAGCCGAAGCUGACUGAAGGGGCGCUGAUCGACGUGGCCAAACACCUGGGAAACCUGAAGUAUAGUGUCUGGGAGAAGAUGGCAGGGAGUGUGCAACACACUCCUGUGACUCUGGACCCCAACACUGCCGCCCGCUGUCUGUCAUUGUCCGAAGACCUGACCAGCGUGAGGUACACCGCCGAGAGGCAGUCGCUCCCCGACAACCUGGAAAGGUUCGCUGUUGGCGCUGAAGUGCUGGGGUCCGAGGGCUUCAACUCCGGGCAACACCAGUGGGAAGUGAUUGUGGGAGACAACCACAACUGGGCUGUGGGCGUGGUCAGAGAGUCCGUCAAGAGGAAGGAGAAAACCAUGCUGAGUGCAGAGGAGGGGAUUUUAGCCCUGCGUUUCUGUGGUGGUGAAUACACCUCGGAAAAGGCGCCCCUCCCGGUGCCAAAGAAACCGCAGAGGAUACGCGUGCAGCUGAACUGGAACUGGGGGGAGGUGAGCUUCUCUGACCCCGCCCUCAACCAUCACAUUGGCACCAUAGCAUUUAAAGGCUCGGAGAAGUUGUUUCCAUACUUUUACAGCGUGUGUAAGGACCACCCUCUUCAGAUUGCACCAGAGCAGUUGAAUAUCAGUGUGGAAGCUCCAAAGCAGGGCGUGCUGAGUUUUCUCUCUGGGGUUUUUAAAUACUAG